AUGUCGCACACUGAGAAAUUGUGCGUGGUCCAGAUGUCGGGGGAAACCCUUGAGAUCGAUAUGGCAUCUUUGCCGGGUGGCUGGAGAGCGCAAGACCUCAAAAGGCUCCUUUCAAGGAAGCUCUCCUGCCCAACCUUCAGGCUGACGUUGCUGGAUGGCCACACUGCCAUCAACAGCCGAGAUGGUUGGCAUGACAUGGGAAAGCCUCUGCACCUAUCGGUGGUUCAAGCGGCCCCUGUUGCGACGGUGCACGACUUUUGCGGGGACCUCUUGGAGGCUGUGUCCGGUGGCGAUGUCUUGGCCGUUGAAGAGAUAUUGGCCAAGGGCCAAUGUCCAGACACACUCGCUUUCGGUGGGGAGACGGUGCUCUUUGCUGCUGCGAGGAGCGGGUACCUCGAUGUAGUACAGGCACUCCUUGACGCCGGUGCCAGCCUUCACCGUCGCAUUGGAGGGUGGUUUACACCUUUGUACAUAGCCUCUUGGCAGGGCCACUUGGAUGUCGUGCGUCUGUUUGUCGAACAUGGUGCCGACCCUGGUGAGGGCUUGUGCGCGGCGGCCUUCAGAGGACACGUCGCGGUGGUCCAAUUCCUGCUCGACUCCGGUGCCGACGUCAACUUGGAGGAUGAGCAUGGCCAGGUUCCCUUAAAGAUUGCGUGUGCAGCAGGCCACCUGGAGAUCGCCCGUUUGCUCAUGCUUUUCCAGCUCAGGCACGGCAUGGAGAUGCAAACAGAUGGGCUGUUGCAUGCCGCUGUCAGGGGCAGUCACCUUGAAGUGGCCCAUUUCUUGCUGCAACUUGGAGCUGACAUGUACGGAGUCGAUGAUGCUGGCGACACCCCGUUGGAAGUCGCCGCAGGUGCCGGAGAUCUUGCAAUGGUAGAACUCUUGGAGAGUGCUGGCAUAGAUACCAGUCCCUCCAGGGGAUGCCACGACAGCACUGUGCCAUGCCGUAAUCCUGUUUUCCAAGAGAGGCAUGUGUGGAUGACUCCACUCCGAACAUGA